AUUUUGUUUAAAAAUGAUCAAAACUGAAAUAUUAUAAAAUACAACUUGUUUGAAUUAAGAGUUUAAUUAAUUAAUUAAAGUUACUGUUACUUUCACGUAAAAAAUGGCGUUUAAUUUUCUGGCGAACGUAUUUUCAAUAAUGCGUAAUUAAUUUUCAAUAGUCUUAUCUUGCAAAUAAUCAGACAAAAAAUGUCUGCCAUUGUCAUGUCAACCAGCAGUCAGUGCAACCACAACAACAACGGUGACGAAGCAGACGACAAAACGAUCAGCUCCACAACGCCAGACGACCACAAAAACAAUGGCGCCAAUUUUAAUUUUAUGGAUUUUACAGAUACAGUUGACAGUCUGGUGAACACUCGCCUGCCAUUUUUUAGGCCUAUUUUGAAUCGCUCCAGACAGAGGUGUUAUGAAAGUAAAUCUUACAGUUCCCAAGCCCUGCUUGAAAUGCAUAGAUUUUUCCAAUCCGGUCGAUUUUGUGAUGUCAUUUUAAAUACAAUGGAAUCUCCAACAAGCAUCCCAUGCCAUAGAUUGGUCCUCGCAGCCAGUUCCAUGUACUUUGAUCGAAUGUUUGCUGGAAAUAUGGCAGAAUCUCACUCACAAGAAAUAAAUCUUAGAAACAUUAAUGGUAGCACCUUGAAACAGUUGAUUAAAUAUGCGUACACUUCUGAAAUAAUAAUCGACAGCAAUACAGUUCUUGACAUGUUUGAGGCUGCUGACAUGUUCCAGUUUGCUGAAUUGAGAAUGUUCUGUCAGGAUUUCCUACUUGACGAAGUGACAGCACAGAAUUGCCUGUCCUUCAUGUUGUAUGCAGAUGUUUUCUCGAGCAAGUCUCUCUAUGAUAGGUCCCUCUCUGUGGCUGCCAAGAAAUUUGACAUGAUCAGACUUGAAAAAGAGUUCUUGCUCCUCCCCUAUGAUCAUGUUAAGAGAUUACUAAUGGAAGACAAUAUAGAGAUUGACUAUGAGGAGUAUGUCUACGAAGCCUUCAAGAUGUGGAUGGCUCAUGACUUUGAGAACAGGCAGCGAUACUUGGUUGAUUUGUUUCAAUCGAUUCGAUUGAACUUUGUCUCUCGAUGGUACCUAAUCGAGGUUAUCAGUAAGGACCCAGUUAUCAGCACAUCCCUGGAAUGUACGGCUAUCGUUCAGAGGUGA